AUGUCUUCGGCAAAUGAAAAUUGUCAUGACAAGAAUGCCAGGUGGGAUCAUGCUGCUUUCCGAAGAUUUGGCUACGAGGGCUUAGUCUAUGAAGGUGUGAGUGAAGAACCAAUUAAGGUAACCGGUGGUAGUGCGGCCCAAAGUGCAUUCAUUUACAUGUACGAUGAAGCUCUGGGUGUAAAACAUGACCCUGAAAGAGAGGCAAUCAUCAGACGGUUUCAGGAGUACCAGUGUGGGGAUCACAGGGAAUUUGUCAAAGCAGUUUCAAGGGGCCCAUCAAUCCGAAAAUUUUGCGAAGUGAUGCAGAAUGAAGCAUUGUCAGAAGCGUAUAAUUGCUGUUUAACAGCGUUAAAAGAUUUUAGGAGUUAUCACAUACAGGUAGCUUGUAGGUACAUAACAAUUCAAGCACAUAAAAAUGCAAAGAAUAAUAACGAAAACUAUCCCGAUCAAUCUAAUGCCGGUACAGGAGGAACAGGUUUCCUACCAUAUCUAAAAAGUCUCCGUAACAACACAUCCAACAGUAUUAUAGAGAAACCAGACACGUAA